AUAAACCAUUACCCAAUUACCCUUUUCUUCAUUUUCGGUCUUUAAUGGUAGCAAAGCUCCAAAUUAGAAAGAGAGGGAGAAACUGAAGCAGAAGUUCAUCGAAAUUCCAAAAUUGCGCCAUUUUCAAUCUAAAUUUCACUAACGGAAUAUGAAUUUGUGAAUUGUUUUGAAGAAAAAUGGAGAAAAAUCAAAAACCACCACCAAUCUUUUGCUUGAAAUUGCCAUGGGAUAAUACCAGUAACCAACACCAGAAAAACCCUAGUCCAAGUCCUUGCGAUUUCGAUACACCAUGGCUCAUCAAAUCUUUACAAACCCUAGGAACCCUUUCUUUCAAUUUCAUCAAUUCAAUCUCAAAAAACACUUCCAACAACAACAACAACAACUCCCCACUUCAAAACUUCCAAUUCAAUUUCGCCGUUUUUUCGCAGAAGAGUAAAAUUAACCAUGAAAAUAGUUUGAAUUUGAAGGAGAAGCAACCAGUGGGGAAGGGUUUAACUUUAACCCCAGAAGAACAGGCGGAAUCCGAGCAAAGAGCUUUUGCAAUGGCAUUGGCUAGUGGGAAAGAAGCAACAGUUCUUGAGUUUUAUUCUCCAAAGUGUAGACUUUGCAAUUCGCUUCUUGGGUUUGUGAUGGACGUUGAGAAUCGUAAUUCUGAUUGGCUUAGCAUUGUUAUGGCUGAUGCUGAGAACGAGAAAUGGCUACCUGAGCUUCUUCACUAUGACAUAAAGUACGUUCCCUGUUUCGUUAUCUUGGACAAGCACGGCAAGGCAUUGGCUAAGACCGGUGUUCCCAGCAGUCGGCUACAUGUAGUUGCAGGCAUUUCCCAUCUUCUGAAAUUGAAACAUCCUCCACAGAAUUGAAUACGAGACUUAUAUAAUAUGCUCAAACACUGUAUACUUGAUAUUCAUUUCUCAUUACUCAUGUCCUCAACAUUAUAAACUGGUGGUAAAUUCAUCUUAGUGAUCCUGUUCAGUUUUUCGUAUAGUGUAAUUUAGUAAAUAUAUUUGCUUUAAUUUCAAAGCAUCAGAGAUUACAAUUCUAAGAGUGUGUUUGAAAGAGUGGAACUUUCGUCUCAUACUGUUCAAUUACAGAUAUAAAACUACCUUUCAUGCAAAA